GGCGCGGACACGUCAUGGCUGGUUCUCUGCUGGUCCCGCUCCGCCAAUCAGGAGGCGCUGUGCGAGGCACGCGCCGCCCCUCCCUCGGCUGAGUGCGCGGCGCCUUGGCCAAUGAGAGCGGCCGCAUUCGGAGUGACGGCCGUGACGACCAAUGGCGAGCGGGGGGCGCGGCGGAGGGCGAGGGAGGCUGCGCGGGGCGGAUGGACGGGGCGGCGGAUCCCGGAGAAACAGACACCUCCUGUGCCCCAAAGAAGCUCUGGUCUCUCUAGAAGAAGGAAAAACCUCAGCUGAGACUUGGGGCAGCUGAUCAGGUGUUGGAGCAUCCUCAAUCCCCACUUUUGAUGUGAAAAUGACCAAGCUGGGGUUUUUCCGGCUCUCCUAUGAGAAGCAGGACACUCUGCUCAAGCUCCUCAUCCUGUCCAUGGCAGCCGUGCUCUCUUUCUCCACGAGGCUUUUCUCUGUCUUAAGAUUUGAAAGUGUCAUCCAUGAAUUUGACCCGUACUUUAACUACCGCACCACCCGCUUCCUGGCAGAGGAGGGCUUCUAUAAAUUCCACAACUGGUUUGAUGACCGAGCGUGGUACCCCUUGGGCAGGAUCAUCGGUGGCACCAUUUAUCCAGGCCUGAUGAUCACAUCAGCAGCGAUUUACCACGUGCUGCACUUCUUCCACAUCACCAUCGACAUCCGAAAUGUGUGCGUGUUCCUGGCUCCACUCUUCUCCUCCUUCACCACCAUAGUGACUUACCACCUCACCAAAGAGCUCAAGGACGCAGGCGCAGGGCUCCUGGCUGCUGCCAUGAUCUCGGUCGUGCCCGGCUACAUCUCCCGCUCUGUUGCUGGCUCCUACGAUAACGAAGGUAUUGCCAUCUUCUGCAUGCUGUUAACUUACUACAUGUGGAUCAAAGCUGUCAAAACUGGCUCCAUCUAUUGGGCAGCCAUGUGUGCUCUGGCCUAUUUCUACAUGGUCUCCUCGUGGGGUGGCUACGUCUUUCUGAUUAACCUCAUCCCCUUGCAUGUUCUUGUGCUGAUGCUGACCGGGCGCUUCUCCCACAGGAUCUACGUAGCCUAUUGCACUGUCUACUGCUUGGGAACCAUCCUCUCCAUGCAGAUCUCCUUUGUUGGCUUCCAGCCUGUCCUCUCCUCAGAGCACAUGGCUGCCCUUGGAGUCUUUGGCUUGUGCCAGAUCCACGCCUUUGUCGACUACCUUCGGAGCAAGCUGAACCCGCAUCAGUUCGAAAUCCUCUUCAGGAGUGUCAUCUCCCUGGUUGGCUUCGUCCUCCUCACCAUCGGGGCUGUGCUGAUGCUGACAGGGAAAAUCUCCCCAUGGACAGGGCGUUUCUACUCCCUCCUGGAUCCUUCCUAUGCAAAGAACAACAUCCCCAUCAUCGCCUCAGUCUCCGAGCACCAGCCCACCACUUGGUCCUCCUAUUACUUUGACCUGCAGCUCCUCGUGUUCAUGUUCCCAGUUGGUCUCUAUUACUGCUUCAGUAACCUCUCGGAUGCCCGCAUUUUCAUCAUCAUGUAUGGUGUGACCAGCAUGUACUUCUCUGCUGUGAUGGUGCGUCUCAUGCUGGUGCUGGCCCCGGUGAUGUGCAUCCUGUCUGGCAUCGGGGUUUCUCAGGUGCUGUCCACCUACAUGAAGAACCUGGAUAUCAGCCGGCCAGACAAGAAGAGCAAAAAGCAGCAAGACUCCACCUACCCUAUCAAAAAUGAAGUCGCCAGUGGCAUGAUCCUGGUCAUGGCUUUCUUCCUGAUCACCUACACCUUCCACUCCACCUGGGUGACCAGCGAGGCGUACUCGUCCCCCUCCAUUGUGCUCUCUGCCCGUGGUGGCGAUGGCAGUAGGAUCAUCUUUGAUGACUUCAGAGAAGCUUAUUACUGGCUGCGUCACAACACACCGGAGGAUGCAAAGGUGAUGUCCUGGUGGGAUUAUGGGUACCAGAUAACCGCCAUGGCCAACAGGACCAUCUUGGUGGACAACAACACCUGGAACAACACGCACAUCUCCCGUGUUGGUCAGGCCAUGGCAUCAACGGAGGAGAAAGCCUACGAAAUCAUGAGGGAGUUGGAUGUUAGCUACGUGCUGGUUAUCUUCGGAGGCCUCACCGGGUACUCAUCUGAUGACAUCAACAAGUUCCUGUGGAUGGUGCGGAUCGGGGGCAGCACGGACACGGGGCGCCACAUCAAGGAGCACGACUACUACACCCCUACAGGGGAGUUCCGGGUCGACCGCGAGGGCUCCCCGGUGCUCCUCAACUGCCUCAUGUACAAGAUGUGCUACUACCGUUUCGGCCAGGUCUACACCGAGGCCAAGCGACCACCGGGCUACGACCGGGUGAGGAAUGCCGAAAUCGGCAACAAGGACUUUGAGCUGGAUGUGCUGGAGGAGGCGUACACCACAGAGCACUGGCUCGUCCGAAUAUACAAGGUGAAAGAUCUGGAUAACCGUGGCUUGUCGAGGACGUAGAGGUGCUGCCAACCACCUCACACCGCACUGACCCAGCCUUUGCCUGUGAAGCAGAAACGUUUUGGGCAGGAUUUGGUUGUUUUGGGGGUUUUCUUUCGGGGGAGUUGGUUGUUUUCUUUUUGUUUUAUACAGUUUGUAAGCACAGGCAGCAGUGGGGCAUACCUGCCUGGUUUUGCCUGCCAGGGAGUGAUUUUUAUACACGGAGCAGUCGCCAAAUCGGCAAUAACGGCUUUAAUGGGGAAUUAUAAAUAAUAAAAGUUUAAAAAAAGGC